CGGGCCCAUUCACUGUCUUUGCCUCCAGAAAAGCUAUAUUACAGUUGCACAGCUCCGCGUCUUCUGUUUCUCCCUACCUCCUGCUUCCGCCCUCUGCUUCUUCAGCCCCUCCGGCUGCCGUUAUACUCGUAUCUAGUUACAAUUCAUCUUCUUGUCAUACCUACGCCUCGACACAAACGCCAUGCCGUCUGCCGUGAAACCCGCGCGGACCCUAUAUGACAAGGUCUUCAAUGACCAUAUCGUUGAGGAGAAGGAGGAUGGCACUGUCUUGCUCUACAUUGACCGACAUCUAGUCCACGAAGUGACAUCACCGCAAGCAUUCGAGGGACUCCGUAACGCAAACCGAAAAGUUCGAAGACCAGACUGCACCCUGGCGACAGUGGAUCAUAACAUUCCCACUUCAUCACGAAAAAACCUCACCACUACCGAAAAGUUCAUCGAGGAGGCAGACUCGCGGACACAAUGUAUGACGCUGGAGGAAAACGUCAAGGCCUUCGACCUCACCUACUUCGGCCUUGACGACAAGCGCCAGGGUAUCGUACACAUCAUCGGCCCGGAACAAGGCUUCACCCUGCCAGGCACGACAGUGGUGUGCGGUGACAGCCACACCUCUACACAUGGCGCUUUCGGCGCUCUGGCGUUCGGUAUCGGUACCAGCGAAGUCGAGCACGUCCUGGCCACUCAGACUCUCAUCACCCGGCGGAGUAAGAACAUGAAGGUUCAGGUCGACGGAGAGCUGGCGCCGGGCGUCAGCAGCAAGGAUAUCAUUCUGCACGUUAUCGGACUGAUCGGAACCGCAGGCGGAACGGGAGCGGUCAUCGAGUUCUGCGGCUCUGCUAUCAGGGGUCUCAGCAUGGAGGCACGCAUGUCGAUAUGUAACAUGUCUAUCGAGGCUGGAGCACGAGCCGGUAUGAUCGCGCCGGACCAGACGACCAUCGACUACCUGAAGGGACGCCCGCUAGCACCCAAGGUGGAUAGCCCCGAGUGGAAGAAGGCAGUCAACUACUGGCUGAGCCUGAAGUCCGAUGAAGAUGCCAAGUUCGACGUCGAGGUCUUCGUUGAUAGCAAGGACAUUGCGCCGACCGUCUCAUGGGGUACCUCGCCUCAGGAUGUCGUCCCCAUCACCGGCGUGGUCCCUGGCCCGGAUGAUUUCGACGAUGAGGUGAAGAAGGAGGCUUGCAAACGCGCUCUGAAGUAUAUGGGCCUGACCCCUGGCACUCCCAUGCAGGACAUCGCUUUGGACAAGGUCUUCAUCGGCUCCUGCACGAACGCGCGUAUCGAGGACCUCCGUUCCGCUGCUCACGUCGUCAAAGGAAAGAAGGUAGCACCCAACCUGAAGAGGGCCAUGAUCGUCCCAGGGUCCGGCCUUGUCAAGCAACAAGCCGAGGCGGAGGGCCUCGACAAGAUCUUCCUGGACGCUGGUUUCGAGUGGAGAGAGGCAGGUUGCUCCAUGUGUCUUGGCAUGAACCCGGAUAUCCUCUCCCCCGGUGAGCGCUGCGCAAGCACUUCCAACCGCAACUUCGAAGGCCGACAGGGCGCUGGCGGCCGCACGCAUUUGAUGUCUCCUGCCAUGGCCGCCGCCGCCGCCAUUGUCGGCAACCUUGCCGACGUCCGCAAGAUCGCCCCCCAUGCUUACUCAGCCAAUAAGGGGUCACCCAAGGUGGAGCUGGAGGCGCACAUGGAAGACGUAACCAGUGAUGAAGACCUGGAUCGCAUCAUCGACGCGCCCGCCGACGACCCCGCCACGCAUUCGACGAGCAGCAAAGCCCUCGAGCACGCCUCAGCGGGAAUGCCCAAGUUCGAAACCCUCCGCGGAUACGCUGCGCCCAUGGACGUGGCCAACAUUGACACGGACGCCAUCAUCCCCAAGCAAUUCCUCAAGACCAUCAAGCGCUCUGGUCUCGGAAGCGCCCUCUUCCACGCCUGGCGCUAUGAGCCAGGUACCGAGAAGGAGAACCCCGAGUUCGUCCUCAACAAGGAGCCGUACCGCCAAGCGAAGAUUCUCGUCUGCACGGGGCCCAACUUUGGGUGCGGAAGCAGCCGCGAACAUGCGCCCUGGGCGCUGCUGGACUUUGGCAUCAAGUGCGUCAUCGCCCCGAGCUUCGGCGACAUCUUCUUCAACAACACCUUCAAGAACGGCAUGCUACCCAUUCGCAUCACCGACCAAGCCGUCCUGGAGAGAAUCGCCGCCGAAGCGAAGGCCGGCAAGGAGAUUGAAGUCGAUCUUCCGAAUCAGGUGAUACGCGACGCGGAGGGCAAUGAGUUGACGAAAUUCGAGGUGGAGGAGUUUAGGAAACAUUGCCUGGUGAAUGGGCUCGAUGAUAUUGGCCUGACGAUGGGGAGCGUGGACAAAAUUGAGGAGCAUGAGGCGAGGAGGUCCAGAGAGUGGCCCUGGUUGGAUGGCGCCGGAUACCUUGCCAGACAUCGUAAGGGGCCCGUCAAGAUUGAGGCGGCGGCUGUGCCGAAGACGAAUCGCGGCGAGGUGAUUAAGGAACCCUUGGAGUGGUAAUGAGAAGGCGAGACUGCGGAGAUUUAGGGGAAAAAGCAGAUUGCUCAUGGGCUAUCUUUGACACCUCUGCGGACAUGGAUGGUGCACAGCUGGGUUUUUGGGACAUUAUGGUUGUCAUCUCUGUAUUUUGGAGCGCCUUUUUUCGUUUCAAUUGUUCCAUAUGACGAACGAUACGAUUCCCGCUUUUUAAGUCAAGCAAUCUUGACCUUUUGGAAUGCAGCUUCCGCGUUGAUUGACUUCCACGUUGAUUCAUGGCUUGACUUGCAAUACAAGUUAGAAAUAUCCCCAGUUAUGCAAACACAAUUUGGUACUAG